UGUAUCCCCCACCCAACACCAAAAUAAAAGAUCAGCAACCAUAGAAAAAGUGGCAUCCAAACAAACAUGUAAAUCAUACUCUUCUCUGUUCAUUUUCAUGCUUCUUCCUUCAUUUUUCACCUACUACCACAUUGUCCUUAACCUCCACUUCCAUUUCCAUAAAGCAAGUCACUUCAUUGCACUCCAAGGUUCUCCCUGUCCCUCUCUCUCUCUCUCUCUCUCUCUCUCUCUCCAUGCUUGUGAGUGAAUUCAUGGUUGAUCUAUGAUAAAUCUUCCUCUACAAGUUAGUCUAGUUAGUAUACAUAGACAACCAAAUUAUAGGGAGCACGAUUUGAUGAACCAAAGACCAAAAUUCUGUUUUCCUUGUGUUUCAAAACAAAGUUUCAAGGCGUAACACGGGCUAGAAUGGACUCAUUCAAUCAGAGUUGUCAGAGUACAAGCUUCAGGUACAAUCCAAAUUUGAACACAAGGACCCAUGCAGAUGAUGAGGCUGAAUUCUCAGGGAUUCUUGAUGUCUUUGUUCAUCAUGCUAGGAAUAUUCAUAACAUAUGCAUCUAUGACAACCAAGAUGUGUAUGCCAAAUUCUCUCUUACUUACAACCCAGAUGAGACUCUCUCUACAAGCAUCAUCAAUGGAGGUGGCAAAAACCCAACAUUCAAUGAAAACUUGAGGAUGAAGAUCACCCAAACAGAUGCUGUUCUUAAAUGUGAAAUUUGGAUGUUUAGUAGGGCAAGAAUUCACAUGGAAGACCAGCUUUUGGGCUUUGCUUUGGUCCCAAUUUCACAAAUUGUUGGCAAAGGAAAGAUCACUGAAGAUUACAGCCUUUCCUCCACUGAUCUUUUCCAUUCUCCUGCUGGAACUGUCCAAUUAACACUGUCCUUAGACCAAUCUUUGGCAAUCAAUUCUGAAUCAGCAAAGAACUCAUCUAUAUCAUCAGAAGUUAUUUUGCUUGAUAGAAAAAUCUCUGAAGUUAUGUUGGACCCAGUUGAGUAUUCUAGAAUUGAAUUUCCUGACAUAAGUGUGGUGAAGGAGAACCAGCAAAUGGUUUCUGAAUACUUCAAUUUGGCUUCUCAUGGUACUGCUUCAAGGUCCAAUAUUGGGGGGCUAUUACCAUUUCUUCACCUUGGUGCAUCUCCUCCUCAACUUGAUGACUGUGAGAUGACUGUUAGUUCACCAGAUGAGAAUCAUGUUGAGUCCAUUUCUCCCAAUGAGAGCAUUCAAAACUCUUGCUUCCUAGGCUCUACUAUCACAACCUUGAGUGAUGAUAGAAACUCAGCAGAUUCAGUUGAGAAAAAGAAUCAUUUGGGGGGUGACUCAUCAAAUUCUGUCACUGUUUCAAUCACUGUUGAAGGUAGCCAAAACAUUGGUGCCUGUCCAGAUACACCAACAUCCAAGAAAGAAGAAAGUGGAACUAAAGAUGACAAAGAAGCAAAAUUCUCAAGCAAGGAAAAGGAAAACAAAAAUGAUAGGAACAUUGACACAUCAACAUUUGGUCAAGUUUUUUCGGCUCCAUUAGGGAACAUCAAUCUUGAGGCUGAGCAAUCUGCUAUGCAAAAACAAAUAGUGGACAUGUACAUGAGGAGCAUGCAACAAUUCACUGAGUCCUUGGCAAAAAUGAAGCUCCCUAUGGACCUUAACAAACCUGAAAAAGAAGAUCAUGGUGAUGUGAUUCAAAAUCAUGACAACAGCAAAAUAGAAAUUGAUAAGAAGAAAAAGGAUGGAUCACGUGUGUUUUAUGGUAGUAGGGCAUUCUUCUGAUCACCUCUUGAUGCUGAAGAUAGCAAGAAAUGAGUUGAUGAGAGUUUCAUUAAUAUAACAUUAUCAGGUACCUCAAUUUCUUCAGUGAUUUUUAUUACAGAUUU